AUGAUUAUAAUAUUAUUUUUACUUACCUUGUUUCACAGUUCGUGGUCUCAAACGACGCAAAACAUCAACAUUUUACUAAUUAACGAAGAGAAUAAUGCACUCGCCGAGAAAGCAUUUGAAAUAGCAAAGGAGUAUGUAAGGAGAAAUCCAAGUUUGGGCUUGGCUGUCGACCCUAUUAUCGUUGUUGGUAACCGUACAGACGCUAAGGCAUUUUUAGAGAACGUUUGUAGAAAGUACAACGACAUGGUGACAGGUAAGAGACCUCCUCAUGUAGUUUUGGAUUUUACUAUUACCGGCGUCGGGUCAGAGACCAUAAAAUCGUUUACGGCAGCACUAGCUUUACCCACCGUUUCGGGGUCGUUUGGUCAAGAUGGUGAUCUGCGGCAAUGGCGGGGACUGGAUGCAAAUCAAACACAGUAUUUACUUCAAGUAAUGCCUCCAGCGGAUCUCCUUCCGGAGUCGAUACGCGCCAUUGUAACUAAGCAAGGCAUUACGAACGCCGCUAUUAUUUUCGACGAAUUUUUCGUGAUGGAUCACAAAUACAAGUCUCUUUUGCAAAAUAUUCCGACACGGCACGUGAUCACACCCGUAAAAAGUUUUAGCAAGGAUGAGAUUAAAACGCAACUUCGAAGUCUUCGGGAGCUAGACAUCGUUAAUUUCUUCGUUGUCGGUAGCCUGAGGACUAUAAAGAAUGUUCUGGACGCUGCUAAUGAGAAUCAGUAUUUUGGUAGAAAAACUGCAUGGUUCGCUCUGACGUUAGAUAAAGGAGACGUUAGUUGUGGAUGCAAGGAUGCUACAAUCGUGUAUAUGAAACCUACUCCGGACGCUAAAAGCAGGGAUCGACUUGGGAAAAUAAAAACGACUUAUAGUAUGAACGGAGAACCGGAGAUUUCUUCCGCUUUUUAUUUCGAUCUGUCUCUGAGAACAUUUUUAGCAAUCAAAUCACUUCUUGACUCUGGCAAGUGGCCAAACGACAUGAAAUACAUGAGCUGCGAUGACUAUGACGGAAAAAACACUCCGGCAAGGACCAUGGAUCUGAAGACUGCAUUUCAAGAUGUUAAAGAAACGCCAACAUAUGCGCCAUUUUUUAUUCCCGAUGAUGGUUCAAUGAACGGACGGAGUUACAUGGAGUUUACAACAGACUUAACAGCCGUGACCAUAAAAGAUGGCGCAUCUAUCGGAAGCAAGUCUUUAGGGUCGUGGAAAGCUGGGCUCUCGAAUCCGUUGACACUGACAGAUCCGGAUAAUAUGACAGAUUAUGCGGCUCAACUUGUGUAUAGAAUUGUCACUGUGGAACAACACCCAUUCAUAAUAAUAGACGAUCAAGCACCCAAAGGUUUUAAGGGGUACUGUAUAGAUUUGAUAGAAGAAAUCAGACAAAUAGUUAAAUUCGAUUAUGAAAUAAGCCUAGUCCCCGACGGCAGUUACGGCAAAAUGGACGAGAAUGGCAACUGGAACGGAAUAAUAAAGGAGCUGAUAGAAAAGAGAGCGGAUAUAGGUUUGUCUUCGCUGUCCGUGAUGGCAGAGAGAGAGAACGUAGUCGACUUCACAGUGCCAUAUUACGACCUCGUAGGAAUCACCAUUUUAAUGAAAUUACCACGGACGCCAACGUCGCUGUUCAAAUUCCUAACGGUUUUAGAAAAUGACGUUUGGUUUUCUAUUCUAGCCGCUUAUUUCUUUACAAGUUUCUUAAUGUGGGUGUUCGACAAAUGGAGUCCAUACAGCUACCAGAACAACCGUGAGAAGUACAAGGACGAUGAUGAGAAACGGGAAUUUACGUUAAAAGAAUGUCUUUGGUUCUGCAUGACAUCACUGACGCCGCAGGGAGGGGGGGAGGCGCCAAAGAACCUGUCUGGGCGACUUCUUGCAGCUACGUGGUGGCUUUUUGGCUUCAUAAUAAUAGCAUCGUAUACGGCAAACCUGGCUGCUUUUCUCACGGUGUCACGUCUCGACACCCCGAUAGAAUCUCUAGAUGACCUGUCCAAGCAGUACAAGAUUCAAUACGCGCCUCUCAAUGACUCCAGUUCCAUGACGUACUUCGAAAGAAUGGCCAACAUUGAAGUCAAGUUUUACGAAAUAUGGAAAGAAAUGAGUCUCAACGAUAGUUUAAGCGAUGUUGAACGAGCGAAACUGGCCGUAUGGGACUACCCAGUCAGUGAUAAGUACACAAAGAUGUGGCAGGCUAUGAAGGAGGCCGGGUUACCCAACACAGUCGAAGAAGCUGUUGCUAGAGUCAGAGCGUCUAAGAGUUCUAGUGAAGGCUUCGCUUGGCUUGGCGAUGCUACUGACGUAAGGUACCAAGUUCUGACCAGCUGUGACCUGCAAAUGGUUGGAGAUGAGUUCUCAAGGAAACCGUAUGCUAUUGCAGUACAGCAAGGAUCGCCCUUGAAGGACCAAUUUAAUAAUGCCAUCCUUCAAUUACUCAAUAAACGUAAAUUGGAAAAACUCAAAGAAACCUGGUGGAAUAACAACCCUAAUGCGGUGAAAUGUGAGAAACAAGAUGACCAAUCAGAUGGCAUAUCUAUUCAGAAUAUUGGGGGUGUCUUUAUAGUUAUUUUCAUGGGGAUAGGGUUAGCUUGCAUCACUUUAGGAGUCGAGUACUGGUGGUAUAAAUGGAGAAAGCGACCUGUUAUUGGUGACGUCACACAAGUGCAACCAGCCAAAAUACCAAAGAACGACUCGGAUACGGUAAACGAUGGAAAGCAUAACGAAUUAUUCUCGUUUAGAUCGAGAAACCUUCGGCUAUCGGAAUUUAAACGAAAGUUCUAA